AUGAAUCCAACAGGGAACGUCCAGGGAGAAGAACAAGAUGCAGAGAACGCGCUCCUGCUGGAUGGCACUGCUGCAACAACUACAGCAAGCGACGGCGGCGCUGCUGCAACCAGCGUUCCGAGAGGUCUCACCAAGGGCGAUCGUGUCAGACGCAGGCUUAGCGUGUGCCUCUUCCUCCACAUCGUCGGGGUGGCUAUUAUUUCACAGGUUUACCCCAAGGUGGUCCUGGAACAUUUUGAUCACGACAAUGGCGAAGCCUCCAGGUUUACCGGGUGGUUGACUCUCGUGUCGUGCAUCGUUCAGCUCAUCGCUAUCCCGACCCUUUGCGGGGCUAGUGACGUCAUCGGCCGACGUGCGAUCCUCGCCGGCGCCCUGGCGCUCACCGCCGUGUCUUCCUUCUCCCUAGGGCUCGCCCCGAGCUCCAUCGCAGUGGUGUCAGUGUGCCAGGUGGUGUCGGGCGUUGCGAACGCUAUCUUGCCCAUCAGCCAGGCGGUAGUUAUCGACCUCUCUCACUGGGGGGCGGCUGCUGGAGGCGGUGAAGUGACUCACGGCCUCGGACUGAUCGGCGCCGCGUUCGGUCUUGCGGUCAGCGUCGGCCCCGUUCUGGGGGGAUCUCUCACCGAGGACCACGCGGGCACGGCUUGCUGGCUGUCCGCGUCGAUGUCUGUGCUGGGCGUACUCUCGCUCAAGUUUUUCGGGUGGGAGGAAACGGCGCCCGCGGCCACUCAAGGGGCAGGGGGGGCUACGGCGAACGCGAGUGCAGGAGGAGGAUGGAAAAAACUCUGCGCUAGGGGCUCCUCGUCGAGAAUCGUGAACCCGUUUUCGGUUCUCAAGGUGUUCCUCGAGAGCAGCCUGCUGAUGCAGCUGGCUGUGGUACUUGCGUGCUUCUCCCUCUCCCUGAACGUGUUCAGCGUGUACUACAACUACUUCGACUUCCGGUACCACUGGAGCCCGCUAGACAUCAGCUUGUUCUUCUCGACGUUUGGGAUCUUGCUGGCGCUGACGUCAGGCCUUUUGAUUCGCUUUCUCGUGCCGAAGCGGUUGUCGGUGGGACGAGGCGUUCUGCUUGGUCUAGCGCUUCAGAGUUCAUCGACGACUCUGUUUGGUCUCGCCUCUCAGGGGUGGAUGUGUUAUGUCGUGUUGGUGGCAACCGUUCUGCAGUACAUCACGGAGCCGUGCAUCCAAGGCGUCAUGGCCAACCACGUCGGCGCAGACAGACAGGGGAGCUUACAGGGAGCGGUGCAGUGCCUUCGGAAUGUCUCGCAGGGUCUCGCCGGCGUACUCUACGGGCAGAUAUUCUCGCUGGGCGUAUCGACCCGCGUCGAGAACGCGUUGGGGUUCGUGCUGCCUGGCCUGCCUCUCUUCUGCGCGUCGGGGUGCGGCGCAACGGCGUUGACGAUCGCGUGGUACGCCCUGCGCAAGGCAGGCGAGACUGGCGCGGCGGACCCCAAAUCGACGGCCAACCCUUCGGACGUCGAGGCCGAGGAGGACGGGAUGAUGGCCUCCAACACCGUCGAUGUCACCGACUCGUCGACGGCAACCCCGGCAGAGGACAGCAGCGGCGAUGGUGGCCGAUCUGGAAAGGAAGCUCCGGCCGCGAAUCCGACCGCGCUGAUGCAGCCGGCUUCCCGGGUGACAGGCCUCGGUGACGAGGAGGACACGAUGUCGGAUAUGUCGGAGCCCCUCCUGCCGCGCGGUGAUCGGUUUGACAGCCGCUCUUCGUCUUGACGGCAGCGGUCAUGCAUGCGCACGUUCGGGUGCGCCGAUGACAUUUACUGGGUUUGGUGUCUAAAUAGAGUAGGCUCGU